AUGAUGAUGAUGACAAUGGAAGGGAUGAUGGAUAAGGCAGUAUUGGAUGAUAUAAUAAGGAGGUUGUUAGAAGGAAAAGGAGGAAAGCAAGUGCAAUUAUCUGAAGGAGAGAUCCGUCAAUUAUGUGUUAAUGCUCGCCAAAUCUUCCUUUCUCAACCUAUUCUCCUUGAGAUUAAAGCUCCCAUUCGCAUAUGUGGUGACAUACAUGGGCAAUAUCAAGACCUCCUGAGGCUGUUUGAAUACGGUGGGUACCCUCCUUCCGCAAACUAUCUCUUCCUUGGGGAUUACGUUGAUAGAGGAAGGCAAAGUUUGGAGACCAUAUGUCUGCUUCUGGCCUACAAAAUCAGAUAUCCCGACAAAAUUCACCUCUUGAGGGGUAACCACGAGGAUGCGAAGAUCAAUAGGAUAUAUGGGUUUUAUGAUGAGUGUAAACGAAGAUUCAACGUUCGACUAUGGAAAAUAUUUACCGACUGCUUUAAUUGUUUGCCUGUUGCUGCACUAAUUGAUGAAAAGAUACUCUGCAUGCAUGGAGGCCUCUCUCCAGAGUUGGAGCAUAUGGGCCAAAUAAAGGAAAUUCAAAGACCUACUGAAAUCCCAGAUAGCGGUCUCCUGUGUGAUCUGCUUUGGUCUGAUCCUGAUGCUAGGGUUGAAGGUUGGCAAGAUAGUGAUCGAGGUGUUUCAUGUACCUUUGGACCUGAUAAAGUUGCUGAGUUUUUGGAUAAAAAUGACCUGGAUCUCAUUUGCCGAGGUCAUCAGGUGGUGGAGGAUGGAUACGAGUUUUUCGCCAAACGAAGAUUAGUAACAAUAUUCUCAGCUCCAAACUAUGGUGGGGAGUUUGACAAUGCAGGUGCUCUGUUGAGUGUUGAUGAAUCCUUAGUGUGUUCCUUCGAGAUAUUAAAACCAGUUCUACCAGCAAGCAGUUCAAAGGUCGUCCUUAAGAAGCUUCCAUGGUUGAAACACUCUAAAUCUCUAAUCUCCUUUUCUUGUCUACGUUCAAACAGCCUCCUAAAGCCGGAAAGAUCUAGCAUGGGAAAAGGGCAUUCAGUGAUCUCUUCCUGUUUCAAAUAG